CCGUGCAGCCUCUCGCGACCCAAUAUCAUAUUACGCCCUGAAGACAUUAGUUCUGUAUAAAAUGCCUCGUGAUAUUAAAAAAAAUGGGCAGGAUUUUUUGCGACGGACUUGUUGCUCCCUCUCUCAGCUCCGUCCCACUGUUGACAGCCCUGCUGCUCCUGCUGCUGGUCUACUGGGCCUCCACAUGGACCUCCAACCCCCAAACAAACACCAAGGAGCCUCCAGGACCCAGACCUCUUCCUCUGCUGGGGAACCUGCUGCAGCUUGACCUGAAAAGACCCUUCAACUCUUUUAUAGAGCUUUCCAAGAAAUAUGGUCCGGUCUUCACUGUUUACCUUGGACCUAAGAAAACUGUGGUUCUGGCUGGAACCAAGACGGUGAGGGAGGCUCUGGUCAACAACGCAGAAGUGUUUGGAGAAAGAGAUACGCCUAAGGUUUUUAAGGAGUUCAGUGGAGGACACGGUGUUGUGUGGUCCAACGGAGAGUUGUGGAAAGAAAUGAGGCGCUUUGCUUUGAUGAACCUGAGAGACUUUGGGAUGGGAAAAAAGUCCUGCGAGGACAAAAUCACGGAGGAAUGUGAAUAUCUGAUUGAAGUGAUUGGGAGUUCUGGAGGAGAACCCUUUGAUACGACGGCACCACUGAACCAGGCCGUCUCCAACAUCAUCUGCUCCAUGGUCUAUGGCAGCAGGUUUGAGUACGACGACCCAGAGUUCACCUCUCUGGUCAACAGAACCAACAGAAUUAUUCAGCUGGGGGCUUCUGCAAAGAUUCGGCUGUACAACAUGUUCCCGUGGUUUAGAAAACUGUUCACCCCCAAGGAGUUUUUCAAAUAUCUGGAAGCUAACAUUGAGCAAAACCUGAUGCUCUUCAGCCGUCUGAAGGACACCCUCAACCCACAGAUGUGCAGAGGCUUCGUGGACGCCUUCCUGGUCCACAAGCAAAACCUGGAGGAGUCUGGAGUCACCGACAGUCACUUCCACGACAAGAACCUCAUGGUCACGGUUAUGAAUCUCUUUGCUGCCGGCACUGACACCACAGCUACCACCCUGAGGUGGGGUCUCCUGCUGAUGGCCAAGUACCCCAAGAUUCAAGACCAGGUCCAGGAGGAGCUGAGGAGGGUCAUCGGGACGCGUCAGGUCCAGGUUGAAGACAGGAAGAACCUGCCCUUCGUCAACGCCGUCAUCCACGAGACUCAGAGACUGGCCAACAUUGCACCUGUGGCGAUUCCACGUAAGAUUAGCCAAGACAUCACCUUCCAGGGCUACUUCAUCAAGAAGGGGACAUCAGUGAUUCCACUCCUGACCUCUGUCCUCUACGAUGAGACGGAGUGGGAGAACCCUCACUCCUUCCAUCCUGCUCACUUCCUGGACACAGAGGGGAGGUUCGUGAAGAGAGACGCCUUCAUGCCCUUCUCUGCAGGUCGCAGGAUUUGCCUGGGGGAGAGUCUGGCCAAGAUGGAGCUCUUCAUGUUCUUCUCCACCCUCCUGCAGAACUUCCGUUUCACUCCUCCACCUGGGGUCUCUGAGGAGGACCUGGAUCUGGCGCCACGAGUUGGUUUGACCCUCAACCCCUCAACACACAAACUGUGUGCAGCCUCCCUGUGAACCCGCCCACCUUCUGGUUCUUGGUUCAUGUUGUUAAACUGUCAAAUUUGAAUUGAGGAAUAAAAUCAGACCAAUUAGAGCCUCACAAAAAAAAAAAGAAAA